AUUAUGACGUUUUGUUUUUCGUUGAUUCGCGAAUUCGUUUGGAGGAAGUGGAUUAUUUUACGAUAUUAAUCUUGUUUAUUUCGGCUGAAAACCGCAAUGGCUGCUGAAAUUAAGCCUGCACCGAGAACACCUAACGAUAGGUUCUCCACGACUAAGAAACCGGCGCUAUUGAGUAAAUUAGAAGGGUGUACGGAUGAUGUCAAUGCCGCUGUUGUGAUACCUGGCGAAGACGGAGUAAUUAGCGUUUGCGAUGAUAAGACAGUUCGGGUAUGGCUCAAGCGAGACUCUGGGCAGUACUGGCCCAGCAUAUGCCAGUACAUGCCGUCAGGAUGCACAUCCAUGUUCUACACACCAGAGACACGCCAACUGUUUAUUGGACAGGAGAAUGGCACCAUUUCUGAGUUCACACUGUCUGUUGACUGCAACAGAAUAAACCCUACCAGAGAAUACCUGGCACACAUAGCGCGGGUCACAGCCGUAGUGUUUUCACUAAGCUGUGAGUGGGUGUUGUCAGUGAGUCGAGACAAAGUGUUCUCGUAUCACUGCAGUGAGACGGGGAGGAAGAUUGGAGGAUACUCCUUCGAGGCUUGGUGCACUGCUUUACAAUUCGACUCUCAGUCGAAGUACGCGUUUGUGGGCGACUACAGCGGGCAGAUAACCAUGCUGAAGCUAGAUAAUAACGGCGCCCAGCUAGUCACCACGCUGAAGGGACAUACUGGGUCGGUCAGAGUGUUAAACUGGGCACCACUACAUCAGCUCCUGUUCAGCGGUUCCUUCGACCAGUCCAUCAUAGUGUGGGACAUCGGCGGACAGAAGGGCACGGCCUAUGAACUGCAAGGCCAUAGUAACAAAGUAACCGGCCUCUGGUACGUGGGCAGCUGCGAGCGGCUGCUGUCGGGCGGCGAGGACGCGGCGCUGGGCGUGUGGGAGAUGGGCGUCCGACGCCGCGAGACGCCUGCUUGGCGCGAGUCGGAUCUGUGCCAGAUGUGCCGCGCGCCCUUCAUAUGGAAUGUGAGGGCUAUGAUGGAGAAGAAACAGCUGGGUCUCCGGCAGCACCACUGCCGCUGGUGCGGCGCGGCGGUGUGCGCGGCGUGCUCCCCGCACCGCCUGCCGCUGCCCGUCAUGGGCUUCGAGUUCCCGCAGCGAGUGUGUGCCGGCUGCUACGAUACGUUGAGGAAUGAGCCGCGCGAAUCGCUAGCCUCAUUCCACGACAUGAAGCACGCAGUCGCCUCCCUAUUCGUGGACGAAGCGACCGGUCGCAUGUGCACCGCCGGCAAGGACCGGGUCAUCAAGCUGUGGGACAUCAGCGUGCUGGUGGCACCCGCCCCCAAGCCCACCACCAGCGACCAAUAGCAGACCUCGUGAGUGACGUUCAGUCCACACGCCGUGGAAUUCUUCGAUUCGAGGUUCACUAAAGUUUUGUGAUAGGUUUCUGAACGCACGGUGGCACGGACGUAGAAUAAGGAGUUGGGUGAAAAAAGGGUUUAUGGUGAAUGUCCAUAUGCAUGCGGCAAGACAGUCUUUUGUUUAGAUUGUUAUGGGUUAUCGUAUGGACAUUUGUCUUAAAGCGGGAAAGUCGUCUUAAUAAUACUAUUGAUCUAUGAAGUGGGCGCGCAUAUUGAUUUAGGCACAGAUCUAGAGAGCGAUUGUUGGUGAGGCAUAGACGACUAGGUGUGAGAAAUAUGGUGCUCAUCCAACCAGAACUUGGAAUAAGAAGUCUAGAGAUUCUUUAGAACAACAACUCUGCUUUAGCGUAUGAACCAUAUUGAUGUGGUAGUAACAAAAUGGCGGCAGUCACUUUAAUUUGAUUGGUGAACAGAACUGUUACGUAUCCGUGUCACCUAUAGUGUUAUGUGGUGUUAUCUUUAUAAUCGAAACGUGCGAGCCUAUUAUCCAAUAAUUUGUGCCUGAAUAUUGUAUUUAAAAACUUUUAGUGAAACCUUUAAUAAAAAAAAAACAUUUCAUAGUAUAUGUAGAUUGUUGUUUUUCGGCUUAGCUAGAGAGAGAAAUCGUUGGAAAUUAAACUAACCAGAUCAUGUAUCCGUAUAGUAAAUGUUUAACUUAAAUAUAUACUAAUACUUAUAAAUUAUGCAUGGAAUUGUGUAUCAAUAUAUAAGUCUCUACAAUAAUCUUAGAGAAGGUUAUUUAAUUAGUUUAACUGUCGAUGAACUAAGACUGAUACUUCCUAAAGGUCUCUAUGCAUGGUCAGAAGGUGAAAUACUUUAUUUACAGCUGCGACCAUUGUUACAACCGGGUUAGGGUUGUAACAUUAUUUUAUUUAUUUAUGAUACUUACAGAAUCUGAGAUAUGCUGCUUUUGUAGACAGUCAUAGAAUAUUGAAGCUCGGUCGGAUAGUUUAAUAACUUGAAUGCUGUUACUGUAGAUUACUAUGUAUGUAUGUCGUGCGUUUUAAAUAACAUGUUUCGAUAUAGUAUAAAUAUCUUUGAAAUUAUAGGUUUUAGCGUAUUGUUUUAUUAUUGAUUCAUUUAAAUAAUAUAUUUGGUUGAAGUUUAUAUACAUAUACCGUAUUUAUGUAUGAAAUAUUUUUUAAUUUUUUACUGUGUCACUGUCAUUAAUUCGGUUCGUAAAGAACGUACGGUAUUAUGUUCGAAACAGUGAUUCUGAGGCGACAUUAAUAUUAUCUGAAACUUAAAGUUUCAACUUGUUUUUUUAAACAAGCUAUUCUAUGCUAUGGGCUAUUUAUAGCUCAGCUUAUUUUAGCUAUUCAAGAUAUAUUUGUAUCUCACACGGUUUAUUACGGAUACUGAGUGUAAAGACAUACUAAUUGAUAAGAAAAAAAAAGGAACCUUAUUUUAUUGUAACGAAGAAAAACACUGAGUAACUUUAACGGUGUGGACCAAAAAAAUGUUAACAUUACUAGUGUGUAAAUUAUAUAAAAAUCAAUUACAAAAACACAUUAAUUUAACUAAUCCAUUUUUUUUAAAUCUAAAUCCACAGUGUCUGAAACAAGCGUCACGCAGUUUUUGUAGGUAUUUAAUGUCGUUAUUCAUAUUUAAAAUGAAAUAAUAUACUUAAAAUAAAAACUAAUUGUUGUGCUUUUACUUAAGUGUUUUGCCAAACAUUAAAUAUUAAUGUACCUAAUCAUUAAUACGUACUUGGUUAACGUAGAAUCAUAAUUUUACUAUAUUACUUAUGCUCGAUGGGUAUUUUAAUGCUACAGUCAUCGUUAUGUUAAGGUAGACCAAUACUGUCACCAAAUAAAAUUAUUUUAUUAUUAUAAUGUAUGAUAAAGUUUCUGUUCAUAUUUUGAAGAAAUAUUAAAGCAACGAAACAAACGGUCCCCGAAAAAAAGCCUUAAUUUCACAUUUAUAAGGUCCAGUAUAAAUUUAAUUCAAAUAUGAACAGUAACUUGAUACUUUGUAUUCGAAUUAUUCCUUUUGUUAUUAAGAUAAAAGAAAUAUAUUUUUUUAUUUAUGGAGCUUUUUUGUUUGUAAAAUAAUACUGUAAGAUAUAGUCACUGUAAUUAUCUAAAAUACUAUACAUAGUUCGCUUAAAGAUUUCUAUGCCAAUAAAAAUAAUUUAAGAAAUGA